CCACACUUUCUUUCUCACACACGCACGCAGACACAUUCUCCCUUUCUGCGCGCUCGCCCUCGGUCUCCCUCUCUCCCUCUUUCUCUUUCACUUUUGCUUGCCCUGCAACCUUUUAAAAUGUUGCCCCUUCCCUGUGAUUCGCCAGCCGCCGCGCCGCGGCCCCCCGCGCGCUCGCCCGCUCCCUCUCUCGCCCGCUUUUUGUCUCUCGCGCUGCCUCUCCCCUCCUCCGAUUUGCUACACUGAAGCUCCCGUCAAUGGACUGCAUUGAGAGCCGGCUCCGGCGCGAGUUGCCUCUCCGCUUCACGCUCGAUUUCCAGGCAUUCUUCCCUUAUUAAGUAUUCGUGUAAUAUUAAUAGUCAUGAAUAUCUGCUAUUAGCAGGCUCCAGGAACGCUGCCCAGCGCGGUUAUUAGAAGCUCAAGCGAAGCCGCCGCUAAGAAAAGAGGGGGAGACACGGAUUAAGGAACACGCGCGCGCGCGCGCACACACAGACACACACACAGACACACACACACACACUUCUUGCUUUUUGCCUUUUUGAGGUUUUUCAUUUUUUAAGGAACUUUGAAUCCUACCCGCUCACGGCAGGAUAGAGACCGUGGGUUCGACCAGCUGAAGGCGCCGCUCGAAUCGGUGGUUCAAGUUCGGAUGGACCAGAGCGGGGCUCCAGCGCUCGGGGGAGCGGCGGCGCCGUGACCGGAGUCCCGGGUGGCGCGGGGCUCUCGGCGCCUUUUGUGUGGGGCGCGCUCGGGCAGCGGGGCAGCCGGGCUCUCCGGGCUUGCUUGUUGUUUUCCACCCUGACUCGUUACCCCAGACUCUUCGCAGAUGUUAGUUCACAGUUUUUCAGCUAUGGACCGUCACGACGGCACCAGCAACGGGACGGCACGGUUGCCCCAACUGGGCACUGUAGGUCAAUCUCCCUACACGAGCGCCCCGCCGCUGUCCCACACCCCCAAUGCCGACUUCCAGCCCCCCUACUUCCCCCCGCCCUACCAGCCUAUCUACCCCCAGUCGCAAGACCCUUACUCCCACGUCAACGACCCCUACAGCCUGAACCCACUGCACGCCCAGCCGCAGCCGCAGCACCCGGGCUGGCCCGGCCAGAGGCAGAGCCAGGAGUCUGGGCUCCUGCACGCGCACCGGGGGCUGCCCCACCAGCUGUCGGGCCUGGAUCCCCGCAGGGACUACCGGCGGCACGAGGACCUCCUGCACGGCCCCCAUGGGCUUGGCUCAGGACUCGGAGACCUCCCGAUCCACUCCUUACCUCACGCCAUCGAGGACGUUCCGCAUGUAGAAGACCCGGGUAUUAACAUCCCAGAUCAAACUGUAAUUAAGAAAGGCCCCGUGUCCCUGUCCAAGUCCAACAGCAACGCCGUCUCCGCCAUCCCCAUCAACAAGGACAACCUCUUCGGCGGCGUCGUGAACCCCAACGAAGUCUUUUGUUCAGUUCCGGGUCGUCUCUCACUCCUCAGCUCCACCUCGAAGUACAAGGUCACGGUGGCGGAAGUACAGCGGCGCCUCUCACCGCCGGAGUGUCUCAACGCUUCGCUGCUGGGCGGAGUGCUGCGGAGGGCGAAGUCUAAAAAUGGAGGAAGAUCUUUAAGAGAAAAACUGGACAAGAUAGGAUUAAAUCUGCCAGCAGGGAGGCGUAAAGCUGCCAAUGUCACCCUGCUUACAUCACUAGUGGAGGGAGAGGCCGUCCACCUCGCCAGGGACUUUGGGUAUGUGUGCGAAACUGAAUUUCCUGCCAAAGCAGUAGCUGAAUUUCUCAACCGACAACAUUCCGAUCCCAAUGAGCAAGUGACAAGAAAAAACAUGCUCCUGGCUACAAAACAGAUAUGCAAGGAGUUCACCGACCUGCUGGCUCAGGACCGAUCUCCCCUGGGGAACUCGAGGCCCAACCCCAUCCUGGAGCCGGGCAUCCAGAGCUGCUUGACCCACUUCAACCUCAUCUCCCACGGCUUCGGAAGCCCGGCGGUGUGCGCCGCGGUCACGGCCCUGCAGAACUAUCUCACCGAGGCCCUCAAGGCCAUGGACAAAAUGUACCUCAGCAACAACCCGAACAGCCACACGGACAGCAGCGCCAAAAGCAGUGACAAAGAGGAGAAACACAGAAAGUGAGGCGCUCUUCCUGCCCCACCCCCUGCCCGCGCCGCCUCCCCGGCCCCGGCCCCGGCGCGCCCACCCACUCCAUCUCCAUCGCCAUCAUCUCCAUCAUCUCCAUCAUCGCCAUCUCCAUCUCCAUCACCGCCCCUCCCCCACCACCGAUCACCACCGGCAGGUGACAGCUCCGGGAUCAGCAACCCCCCACUGCUGCUACUGCUGCUGCUGCUGCCGCCGCUGCCGCCACCGCCUUCGGUCCGGAGUCUCGGGGUGCCGGGGACAGCGCUCCACUGUGAGCGGGGCGACCCCGCAGUCUCAGGCCCCGGCCCCGGCCCCGACUUCCUCCAUCAGCACCAACUCCCCUUUGCCCUCGUGUGGAGCCUAAGAGAACAGAACAGGCCGUGAAGCCAGCAAAGAAAAGUUCUGUCCGAGUUUGUGAACCCUUUUUUUUUUUUUUAAACUAACAAAUCAACAACGACAACGAAAAAAAUUUAAAACUUUUUUUUUUAGAAAAAAGAACGUAAAAAUUAAAAAAAAAUUAUAUGAGCUUCAUGGGACGGAAUCACCACCUUCUCUUACAUACUUCAGAUCGUAGCCAUACUAAAAAAAAAGAAAGAAAGAAAAAAAUGGCAAAAAAGGCUAAUGACAUUUUUAUCAGUAUUGUGAAUAAACUUGAACACAGAUACUCGAAGUUCCAUGUCUUGUCUUCAGUUCUAGAAGUUUUCCCUCUUCAAGGUAAAGCGACCAACUUGAACUCUCUCUGACAACACGAUUCACAGUUCUAUAAGGGAAUCAGUGUUCACGUCUCUGUAUAUAUUUAUUUAUGUGUAAUUUAAUGGGAAUUGUAAAUAUGGUGAGUCUGUUUUAAGCCUUUUUUUUUUUAAUUUAUCUGGUGAUCUCGUUUACCUCUUGUUUAGUGGGUUUUGAAUCUUCCCUAUUAGUUCUUCAUGUGGUUCAUGGUACUUAUUUAGGAAUCCAAGGUUUGGGGGAUUUUUUUUUUU